GGCCGAGUUGAUGCGUCGCAAGAGUCAUCUCACCCCAGCAAAUUGCCCUCUUCAAAUCAAUCAAAGACUCGGGGCUAGAUAAGCAUGCUGUCAAUGAUGGCAGCUCUGUUCCAGAGGACUGUCAGUGCAGUUUUUAAACUGUCACAUCGCGGAAGUCCGUGUAGUUACAUUCGAUGUCUAUCCACAGCGUUACCACAUCGACAGGAAUUUGGUGGAUCUUCAACACUGGACAAUCCACGAGUUCUGAUCACGGGUGCCUUGGGUCAACUAGGACAGGGACUCGCCAAAGUCCUUCGCAAUAAAUACGGACGAGAUAAUGUCAUUAUGUCUGACAUCAUUAAAGCACCGAAACACAUUCUUCAAAGUGGGCCGUACUACUUUGCGGAUGUUUUAGACUUCAAGAACCUACAGCAAUUGAUUGUGACAGAGCGCAUAGAUUGGCUGGUUCAUUUCAGUGCCCUGCUCAGUGCAGUAGGAGAACAGGAUGUACCGCUUGCAAUCAAGGUGAAUAUACAGGGUCUUCACAACGUCAUGGAGCUUGCCAAGAUGUAUCAGCUUCGCAUCUUCUGUCCGAGUACAAUCGGAGCUUUCGGGCCAGAAUCCCCACGCAAUCCAACACCAGAUUUGACCAUACAGAGGCCGAGGACAAUCUAUGGUGUUUCAAAAGUCCAUGCUGAGCUUCUUGGAGAGUAUUACCACCACCGCUUUGAUGUUGACUUCCGAUCCCUGAGGCUUCCUGGAGUGAUUUCCGGCGAUACAACCCCAGGGGGUGGAACGACAGAUUACGCAGUUUCGAUUUUUGACGAAGCACUGUCGUCGGGUGCCUUCAAGUGCUACUUGAAACCUGACACUAUCCUUCCAAUGAUCUACAUCGAGGACUGUCUGCGUGGAAUUGUAGAAAUGUUGGAAGUCUCACCAAAGAAGCUGAAACUGCGAACAUACAACAUUGCAGCCAUGAGCUUCACACCCGAGGAACUAGCGGCUGAGAUUCGGAAGUUUGUGCCAGGACUUGAAGUAGCUUAUGAACACGAUGCACGACAAGCGAUAGCUGAUUCCUGGCCGCAGAGAUUUGACGACUCUGGAGCAAGAAACGACUGGGGCUGGACCCAUCAUUAUGACCUGAAUGCACUGGUCAGAAUUAUGCUUGAAAUAGUCGGUCAACGUAUCGGUGUCUCCCCAGGUAUUGAAGCGCCACUUUCACAAACGAGGUAGAGCUACAGCUGAACAGAGGUAUGGGGUAUAAGAAAAAAUUUGUUAUGAUAAAGUGAAAUAUUGAUAACUCAACCAACACCCUGCAUGAAGGGGACCGCCUUCGUCGCCUCCGUGAAGCAUCAGGCCUGAUGUCUAUCAUGGGAAGUUUUCAACUUUAUGUCCCAUAGUCUUGCGGCCGUUGCCCUGCACUCUUGAUGAUUAGGCUCCACUCUUCCCAGUCCUUUUCGCCGUCCAGUCCUUGAUGUCAUCAAUCCAGAUUCGCCUUGGAUGCCCUCACUUUCGAGCACCCUCCACGGACUGUUGGCUGAGUACCCUCCACGGACUGUUGGCCGAGUACCCUCCACAGAGCCAUGGGAGGGUAAUACUUGCCAGUGUUCCCUUGGCUGUGGUGAUGUGGCCAAACCAUCAGAGUUUUCUCUUCUUUGCGGUUGUCAGAAGGCAUACAUUGUGCUUCCCGAUGUGACUGAUAUCAAGCGCUGUGACCUGGGGCCAAUUUCAUGGAGCCGCGCUUAACGGCCAAUUUUGUGCUUACUGUGCAAUUUCUAUUUCAU